AUGGUGGCACGAUAUUUGGGGGGUUUGCGCCAGCCCUUGCAAGAUGUCCUCAGCUUUCAUUCACUGUGGAAUGUUUCGAAAGCCCACCAGUGUGCACUUGCUGUUGAAAAACAGCAAAACAGGAGACCAGUGAUCAGGAGCGAUCAAAACAGGCAUAGGGCGACUGAUUGCAGGAAGCCUGCUAAUCAAAAGGGCAAAAAUUUGUUGAUUGAGGAAAACGUGGUAGACGAGACUGAGGAGAUUGGCGAGCCUGUGUAUGACGAUGAUGAGACUAAUGAUAUGCUGUAUGGAGAUGGUCAUGAGACUCUGGUCAUUCGCAAGAGUCUACUGACUCCCAAGGGCGAUUCAGGGGACGAUUGGUUGAGAACCAAUAUUUUUCACACGACCUGCACAGUUGCAGAUAAAGUCUGCAAAAUGAUCAUUGACAGCGGCAGUUGUGAGAAUGUAGUGUCCGAGGAGGUUGUCCAGAAAUUGGAGUUGAAGACGGACCGUCAUCCUAAGCCAUACAAGUUGUCAUGGCUAAAUAAAGGCAGUGAGGUAACAGUUGAUAGGCGAUGCCUCGUGUCUUUUUCAAUUGGUAGAAAAUAUUUCGAUAAUGCUUGGUGUGAUGUUGUGUCUAUGGAUGCGUGCCAUGUAUUGUUGGGUCGACCUUGGCAAUAUGAUCACAAUGUCAUUCAUGAUGGACGAAAGAAUAUGUAUUCCCUUAACAUUAAGGGAAAAAAGAUUGUGUUGGCGCCCCGGCAGGAAGGACUCACUCCUACCCCGGUAGCCAAUAAUACUAACCUGCUUUCCAUGUCCAGGUUUUUAGAUGAGAUUGAGCAUGGAGGCAUGGUCUUUGCUUUACUACCUUGCGAGAAUAGUGCAGUAGACGUGGAUACAGAUUUACCAGUAGAGGUGCAGCGGCUGCUAGCAGAAUUCUCUAACUUGAUGCCAGAGUAUCUUCCUCCUGGGCUACCGCCUAUGAGGGAUAUUCAGCAUCAAAUUGACCUUGUUCCUGGGUCAAGUUUUCCAAAUCGACCAACAUAUCGCCUCAGUCCCAAGGAGGCUGAAGAGUUGCAGCGACAGCUAUCCGGUUCUAAGGUCUUCUCAAAAAUUGACCUUAAAAGCGGAUACCACCAGAUCAGAAUAAGGCCUGGAGAUGAGUGGAAGACGGCGUUUAAGAUGCCACAAGGGUUGUAUGAGUGGAUGGUCAUGCCUUUUGGGCUAUCCAAUGCGCCCAACACGUUCAUGAGAUUUAUGCAUCAGGUCUUGCGGCCUUUUAUGGGGAAAUUCAUUGUAGUUUACUUCGAUGAUAUCCUCAUUUAUAGUCCGGCAUGGGCUUCACACUUCGAUCACCUCCGUGCUAUUUUUGAGAUGCUGAAAACGGAGUGCAUGUUUGUUAAUCAGAAGAAGUGUUCUCUCUUCACUACUUCUGUGACUUUUCUUGGUUUUUUUGUGUCUACUGAUGGUGUUCAUGCAGAUCAGUCAAAGAUAGAUGCAGUCUUGGAGUGGCCCAGACCAAGGACCUUACAUGACAUCCGAAGUUUCCAUGGAUUGGCAUCUUUCUAUUACCGGUUCAUUAGAAAUUUCAGUACUCUGAUUGUCCCUAUCACAGAGUACCUCAUGGGGCGUGAUUUCCAGUGGUCUGAGGAGGCAGAUGCAAGUUUUCAACUGGUCAAGCAGAAGAUGACCGAGGCACCAGUUUUGGCACUCCUUGAUUUUGACAAGGUGUUAGAGGUAAAUUGUGAUGCAUCUGGCGUUGGCAUUGGUGGUGUUCUGAGUCAGUCCCUGAAGCAUUGGCGCCACUACUUAGUACAGAAGGAGUUUAUUCUGUUUAUCGAUCAUGAGGCCCUGAAGUACAUCAAUGGCCAACACAAGCUGAGUAGACGUCAUGCCAAGUGGGUGGCAUACUUGCAAGAAUUCACCUUUACGCUGAGGCACCAAACAGGGAGUCUGAACCGCGUCGCAGAUGCCCUUAGCCGUCGUACCUUACUCCUCACCACCAUGAGUACCAAAGUUGCAGGCUUUGAGACAUUCACAGAUAUGUAUGCAGCUGAUCCUUCCUUUGGAAGGAUAUUUCAGGAGUGGUCUAAGGGAGUUCUCACCAAUGCGGGUUUGUACACUCCCUUACCUGUUCCUGAAGCUCCUUGGUUCGAUGUCAGCAUAGAUUUUGUAUUGGGCUUACCCCGCACCCAAAGGUUCUCAGAUUCUAUCUUUGUUGUGGUUGACAGGUUUUCCAAGAUGACCCAUUUUGUAGCUUGCAGGAAGACUAUGGAUGCUGUCCGGAUUGCCCAUCUUUAUUUCAGGGAGAUUAGCCCAUCUGAGGUGCUAGACUUAGCCCCUAUUCCACGUAUAGGACGUUUUAGUCCUAAAGCAGAUGAGAUGGCAGAGUAUCUUCAGGGUAUCUAUGAGCAAGUGAAACAGACCAUUCAUGAGAGCAAUACCAAGUACAAGACUCGGGUUGACAGUCAUCGUCGUCAGGUACUUUUUGACGUUGGUGAUUUUGUUUGGGCUAUAUUAACUCGUGAUCAUUUUCCUAUUGACGAGUAUAAUAAGCUUAAAGAUCGGAAGAUUGGACCUUGUGAGGUCGUGUAG